UUGGUUUUUUCUUUCUUUUUUGUUUUUGUUCUAUUACAGCUAAAAAUUCGAAGCCACAAUGCAUAGAGCCAAUACAGCCUUUAAUUUGGCUUUAUCGCCAAUUGCGCAUAAAAACUUUGCCACAUGGCUGUUGAAGGGCAGCAAUAAGAAGAUUGUCCAUAAUGCUAUGGCCGCUGCUGCGUUACGUUGUUAUAAUUCUGCUGCAGCCGAACCAUUCGCUAAUGGUACAACAGCAUCCUAUGUUGAAGAAAUGUACAAUGCCUGGCUUCGAGAUCCCAGCUCUGUACACACUUCAUGGGAUGCCUAUUUCCGUAACAACAGCUACUGUGGACCCCCAAAUCUCGCCCCACAACAAUAUAAUACAUUGCCCGCUACCGCUUUUGCUGGUAUGGCCGGUGUAGGUGCUGCUCCAGACUCAAAGACCAUUGACGAUCAUUUGGCUGUUCAAGCCAUUAUCAGAAGUUAUCAGGCACGCGGUCAUUUGGCUUCGGAAUUGGAUCCCUUGGGAAUUUUAACAGUUGAAAAGAUCCAGGCGAAAGGUGGUCUUAAACGUCGUGCAAAUGAAGAUGUUUUGCGCCAGCAUUCUGAAUUUUUGUUUGGUGAACAAGAUAUGGAACGUCAAUUUAAAUUGCCCAGCACCACUUUCAUUGGUGGCGAUGAGAAACAAUUGCCCUUGAGAGAAAUCUUGAACCGUUUGGAAAAUGUUUAUUGCAAUAAGAUUGGUGUUGAAUUCAUGUUCAUCAACUCUUUGGAACAGUGCAACUGGAUUCGCAAACAAUUUGAAACACCCGGUGUUAUGAAUUUCUCUCCCGAAAAGAAACGCUUGAUUUUGGCUCGUUUGACUCGUGCUACUGGCUUUGAAGGUUUCUUGGCCAAGAAAUACUCAUCGGAGAAACGUUUCGGUUUGGAAGGUUGUGAAAUGUUGAUCCCCGCCUUAAAAGAAUUGAUUGAUGCCUCCACUGAAUUGGGUGUUGAGUCCGUUAUUAUGGGUAUGCCACAUCGUGGCCGUUUGAACACAUUGGCCAAUGUCUGCCGUAAACCAUUGAAUCAAAUCUUCACACAGUUUGCUGGUUUGGAAGCCGCUGAUGACGGUUCCGGUGAUGUCAAAUACCAUUUGGGUACAUACAUUGAACGUUUGAACCGUGUCACAAACAAGAACAUCCGUUUGGCUGUCGUUGCCAAUCCAUCUCACUUGGAGGCCGUCGAUCCCGUUGUACAGGGCAAGACACGUGCCGAACAAUUCUAUCGUGGCGAUCAAGAAGGCAAAAAGGUCAUGUCUAUUUUGAUCCACGGUGAUGCUGCUUUCUGCGGUCAAGGUGUUGUCUAUGAAACCAUGCAUUUGUCCGAUUUGCCCGACUACACCACCCACGGUACCAUCCAUGUUGUGGCCAACAAUCAAAUCGGUUUCACCACCGAUCCUCGUUUCUCACGUUCAUCGCCCUACUGUACCGAUGUUGCUCGUGUUGUCAACGCUCCUAUUUUCCAUGUCAAUGCUGACGAUCCCGAAGCUGUUGUCCAUGUUUGCCGUGUUGCCGCCGAAUGGCGUAACACCUUCCACAAGGAUGUUGUUAUCGAUUUGGUUGGCUAUCGUCGCAAUGGUCACAACGAAAUUGAUGAACCCAUGUUCACUCAACCCCUGAUGUACCAAAAGAUCCGCAAACACAAGAACUGCUUGGAACUCUACGCUGAUAAACUUAUUGCUGAGGGUACAUGCACUUCGGAAGAAGUUAAAUCCGUUGCCGACAAAUACGAAAAGAUUUGCGAAGAAGCCUUUGAAUUGGCCAAGACCGAAACCCACAUUAAAUACAAGGAUUGGUUGGAUUCCCCAUGGUCUGGUUUCUUCGAAGGCAAGGACCCCUUGAAGGUAUCACCCACCGGUGUCAAGGAAGAGACCUUGGUCCAUAUUGGCCAAAGAUUCUCAUCCCCACCACCAAAUGCUGCUGAAUUUGUUGUCCACAAAGGUCUCAUUCGUGUCUUGAAUGCUCGUAAAGCCAUGGUUGAGGAACGUGUUGCCGAUUGGGCUCUUGGUGAAGCCAUGGCUUUCGGUUCUUUGUUGAAGGAAGGCAUUCAUGUCCGUCUCUCGGGUCAAGAUGUUGAGCGUGGUACCUUCUCUCACCGUCACCACGUUUUGCACCAUCAAUUGGUUGACAAGGCCACCUACAAUCCAUUGCAACACUUGUACCCCGACCAGGCUCCCUACUCUGUGUCGAACAGUUCCUUGUCUGAAUAUGCCGUACUUGGCUUUGAACACGGCUACUCCAUGACCAACCCCAACGCUUUGGUCUUGUGGGAAGCUCAAUUCGGUGAUUUCUCCAACACCGCCCAAUGUAUUAUCGAUCAAUUCAUUUCCAGCGGUCAAGCCAAAUGGGUACGUCAAUCCGGUUUGGUUAUGUUGUUGCCUCAUGGUAUGGAAGGUAUGGGUCCUGAACAUUCGUCAUGCCGUGUUGAACGUUUCCUUCAAAUGUCUUCGGAUGAUCCCGAUUACUUCCCACCCGAAUCUGAGGAGUUCGCCAUUAGACAAUUGCACGAUAUUAACUGGAUUGUUGCCAACUGCACAACACCCGCUAACUUGUUCCACAUUUUGCGUCGUCAAAUCGCCAUGCCUUUCCGUAAACCAUUGAUCUUGUUGACACCCAAAUCAUUGUUGCGUCACCCAGAAGCCAAAUCGCCAUUCAGUGAAAUGACUGAGGGUAGCGAAUUCCAACGUAUUAUCCCCGAUAAGAUUACCGCUGAAAAUCCCAGCGCUGUUAAGAGAGUAGUAUUCUGCUCUGGCCGUGUCUACUAUGAUUUGACCAAGGACCGCAAGGAUAAGGGUUUGGAGAAGGAAAUCGCUAUUGUUCGUGUUGAACAGAUUUCUCCCUUCCCCUUCGAUUUGGUCAAGGAACAAGCCAAUCUCUACAAGGAUGCUGAAUUAGUCUGGGCCCAAGAAGAACACAAAAAUCAAGGUUGCUGGACCUAUGUCCAACCCCGAUUCUUGACCGCCCUCAACCACAGCAAAGAUAUUACCCCCAGUGAUGCUACAUCCUCUACCACCUCCACUACUACUACCACUGCUAACGAUUCAGAUUCUGAUUCGGAUUCUGAAACAAAAUCGAAACCUUGGCUUAAACGUAUAUUUUCAUCUUCGUCCGAUAACCAAUCUGUUGAAACAAAGCCGGCUAGUAGUAAUGAAUACAAUGCCGCCAAACAUUUCGAUUUGAAAAAUGUACGCCAAGAUUUUAAUAGACCCAUUGGCAAUGGUGCGGCACCUGGUGUGCGUGUUACUAAAACUGGACGCAAAAUUAGCUAUGCUGGUCGUCCAUGUGGUGCUUCAACUGCUACCGGUUCAAAGGCUCAACAUAUACGCGAAUUGAAUGCCUUGUUGAAUGAUGCCAUUCGUGUUUAAGGCGGCAACAACUGCUC